AUGUUAAGGUCAAAACUUUCGUCUCUCAGAGAGUAUUUAACACCAAUCAAUCACAAUUCGAAUUUUUCCAAGACUGGUGAAAUAUCACCAGAGGAGUUCGUAAAAGCAGGCGAUUAUUUAGUAUAUAAGUUUCCUACGUGGCAAUGGUCAGGAUGUCCCAAGAACUUGCAGAAAAGCUUCCUUCCAGAGGACAAGCAGUAUUUAGUCACGAAACAUGUUCCUAGUUAUCAAAGGGCAUCAAAUUACGUUGGAGCGAAAGCUGAUGACGAAGAAGAAGAAGAAGAAGAGUUAGAAGAUGGCUGGGUCAAAUCCCAUAGAGUGGAACAUUUGGGCAAACAAGCAGAAAUAAAUAACUCUGGAAACGAGAUAGAUGAUAUUGAUGACUUGGUUAACGAUAAUAGUGAUGAUGAUACAAAUGGUCUAGAAGAAGAUGACGAUUUGGAGAUGAUUAGCAAUACCAACGACCAUCUUCGCAAGUAUGACUUGUACAUUACGUAUUCUACAUCCUACAGAGUUCCUAAGAUGUAUCUUGUUGGAUUCAGCUCGGACGGUAUCCCUCUAUUGCCAAACCAGAUGUUUGAGGAUAUCCAAAGUGAUUACAAAGACAAGACUGCUACUAUGGAGAACUUGCCCGUUGCGUAUAACACCACAUCUGUUUCGAUACACCCCUGCAAUCAUUCUACUGUAAUGAAAGUAAUGAUGAAAUAUUCUAAAGGUAAGAAGAGACUGGAAGAGGAUUCAAACUUGCCGCUGGAGACCUCACAAGACGUAUCCGGUGCUCUUGAGAAUUUAACAAUAGCGGACGAAACGGAUGCCAUAAGAGUAGAUCAGUAUCUUGUGAUAUUUCUUAAGUUCAUUGCUAGUGUAACUCCUGGGAUUGAAUAUGACUAUACCAUGGAUGCUUUAUAA